AUGACCCCCUCUAUAUCAGACCACUGCCGUGAUUGCGUCAAGAAUCUACAAAGGGUUAUCUCCACAUUGUCGCAGUCAGAUUGCAGAGAUGACCUCAUCAAGAAGAACGAGGUGAACGAUGACCUAGACAGGCUCAACCUCUUUAUUGGGGAUAUCGGAGGCCUUCACAGCCCUGAAUCGCCUAUGUCUGUCGAGUCACGGUUGAGUGGGGCCAAAGAUGUACUCACUCAUAUUUCAAGUCUUUUAGGUGACUUGAAUGAAGCGGCGGAAGAUCUUCUCGGCAUUACUGCCGGUGAUGCACAGAGCCUGCCACGUGCUAUCGAGGAUAGCAGAGAAGAGAAUAUUCAAGACAUCAGCGAGAUAUGUGAGCUUCAAAAGGAAAUCAAAGUGACUAUCACGCGACUCUUGAGGGCGACAACUCUCAUACGCCAAGCAAAGUCUUCCGAUAUCUUCGCCAAAGCUCUUAGCCGAAAACGUUAUCACAUUGAUAAUCAGUUCGAUAUUGCCCAUGUCGGCGAGAAGCAUCGAAAGCUGGCCGCAGAUGAUCGCAUCUGGCUUCGCCAGCGCCUUGGAAGAGCUAUAACCCACAGGCGGCAGGUCCUUAGCUACAAUCGUGAUCACCAUGGAGAGUUAGACGGACACGGAAAAGAUCGCACAGAAGAACCACAAGUCUCUACCACGAACCAGCCGAUGAGCAACCCAACUUUGUUCACAAAAGCAACGACAUUUAUUCCCGAAAGAAUUGAUCCAAGUUUACUUCAUGCCGGCGAGCCAGACUCGGAAGAUGAUGUAGUUUCGUACACGACGAUCUCCCGCUCAGUGGACGGUAAUGGAGAGGCAUCUACCACUCUUCGCAUCCCAAAGCUUGACGACUUGCGCAUCGAGAGACAUGCCAAGAUUCUCGAUAAUGCUGAGGGGGAACCGGAGAUGAGUUUGGCUCGAGAACCACUUAAUGAGAUUCCUGCAAAGGAUUGCCCAUGUUGUACGGAAUGGGUUGAGCGUUUGAAAGAACGAGAAGUUCUUGCAGGCAAUCCAAUACUCAACGGAAAUUUGACUGUCAACCCAACAGUGUUCAAACGCCACCUCGCAAACCAUCUGGAGCAACUCGCCCUAUUUGCUUUGCCCACUAUCGCUGCUCCUGAUACCUCUGGUCAAUCCAACGAUGCAAUCGAAUUAGAAAGCGAUCGCAUCAAUUUGUCAUCGAAUUCGGCCUUGACCUUCUCUAGCUCUCCACAAGUUCCAGAACAGUUGGAACCCGCCGAACCUCUUUCUGUUGAGGAGCAACCAACAAACACUGGGCAACCAACAGAUACUGAUCAAACUCCCCCUCAAGAAGUUUCGUCAACAGAUUCACAACAUUUUCAGGCGCCUGAGCGGAACACCAACGAUGCCCCAUCUCCCGAUCAGACCACAUUGGUGCUAUCCAGUACACGGUCAGCCGCACUUUCGCAACCUGAAUGGAAUCCGCAAUUUCAAAGAUACCUUUACACUUUCUGGGAUGCAACUUACUCGCGCUAUUACUGGAAACACCAUGUUGAAGGCCAAGGUUGGGUAUUCUUCGACUGGGCCCCUGAGAGUACAGGCACCGACAGUGUGUUAACAAUCACACCAUCUGGAGCGGGUCCUGCCGGUUACGGGGUCAGUUAUGAAAACAACCGAGGCGCAACGGGCGCAACUAUUCAGGGCAGCUACAAUCUACAGAAUCCACAACCUAGCAGCCACUAUGAGCUGCUUGAUCCUGCUUUCUUUGUCAGAGGUAGUAGUUUUUUUGAAGUAGGAAAGGUCUUUUCUAUUCUCUUCACCGAGACAGCGGGCGCUAAUGCCGUUAACGGGCUGAACCCCACCGACUAUAACACAAGUCUUUCUGAAGUCAAAUACAACGAAUACGCACACACACAGGUCCGGAGAUUCAUUGUCGUUAAACGUAAACGCGAAUUCUGCUUCGCUGUUCCGAUCUUCUCUUAUGGCAACAGGGGCACCGCCAAGCCUGGAGUGGUUCCCCAUGAGCAUGCCAUCGCUUAUUCUCUAGGAACGCAACCGUCACUAGUACCUGGCGAAGUGCCGCUCGCAAAGGCUGCCAUCCCCAUCGUCAUGGACGACGGCGCCACACCACUAGUUGCAGCAUCAAGGAUCUACUUCGCCAUCCACCAUCCGAUCCAGUAUAAUGUCAACGUCAAAAGUCUGGGCUACGUACAUCCUGAAUGGUUGCCUACCUUCCUUGGAUACUGGAACCAGGAAAACGAUGAUUCAAAUCAACCCUUGGAUGUGACUCAAGAUCCAAGAAAUACAGACUCUUGA